UCAGAUCUUGUCUGGCCUCUCGGAGCAUUAACGGAAGUAGGAUUUCCGGCUUACGGCUAUGGACGUGGAGGUUACGCCGGCUAUCCAGGGUUCGGCUAUCCGUUCGCAGGCUUUCCUGGCUUCAGUUAUCUUCCUACUCCGGCUACGGCCACAGCAGAGCGGCCCCCAACAGCUUACUAUGUGGAUUUAAACGGUCAACAAACUUCGCCUCCUCUACUAACCCAAGCUCUAUCAGUUAUAAACAAUUAUGGCCCACAAGGAUUUGCUCCGCCCACUUCACCAGCCAAUAACCGUGGGUGGCCUGCUACCAAUAGUCCAGGCCCAAUUGACCUCUACAGUUCCAGUCAGGACACCGUGGGUUAUGUCCAGGCUACGAGCCCGCAGCCCUCGGGUUUCCCACAUAUUGCUGUAAGUAGGGGUCCACUGAUAGCAGCAGCUUUUACAAAUGGCUACCAUUGAGUUAGAGCAAUAAGGGGCCCGCAGCCAAGUGGUCUGAUUGACAGCUGAGUGAGAGCUCCUCCGGAACGCUUAGGAUGACAUGAGUAAUCUUUGCUUUCCUGUUUCUUAUGGAUAUAUAUGUAAAACCGUUGGAUUGCAUCUGCUUGUUGGUAUUUUUUUAUUAUUUUUUAUUAUUAUUAUUGAAGGAACAGUGAACGGUGAAGGUUGUUUCGGUAAAAGACCUCUUCCGCUUCCAAUCAUAGGCCCCAUGGGAUCGGACGAUGUUGUAUUUUAUGGUUUGGAAGGUUGAACAGGUGGGGGGAACAAAUGUUGUUUUCGAUUUUGUUUCCUUCCCUACACGGCUUUCUGAUUGGAGCUGCCAGUUAUGGACACAAAGAUGACGACGUUCUUGUCUUUAAUGGUUUGAAGUUGCAAUGUCGUGGGUGACAUGUGGAUGCAUUACCUUUUCAGUGCUGUGUAAUUUAAAUUGUAUUGUUCAACUUGUCACAUCGUAAUACAGUGAUAAUAUUGUUACUAAUGUCGUCAAGUGCUGUAAGUUGAAAAAAAAAUGUUCUCCUGUUUUGUGUUAUUAAUGCUGAUGUUACGUGAAGUGAGUUUUAUAUUGUUACAGCAAGGCAGUUAUAUGGAAUUGUGGUUUAUAAUCAAGUUUAUUUACGACGUAGGUGUGUGUGUAAGUCUAUUUUAAUUUCACGGUUUACAAAUUCAAAUGUUUCUAUUGGGUAACUUGUAUAAGUACUGAAACUUGUUGGUUAAAUUGUAUGGUUUUGCAUAAAAAUAAUACUGUGAGUUAUAUACGGAAUCAACUACAUACAAUAUCAUGAUUUACGUUUUUGAUGUUAAGUGAAAAUCGUUCAAAACAAGUGACCAAAUGAUUAAUUAUUCUUUCUCUUUCUGUAUAUAGAUUCUAAAUAUCAACACCGUUUCUCACUAACAUCUCUUACAACAGCAAGUACAUACUUUAGAUGUUUUAGUCGAUAUCUUCGUAUGUUUUAAAAUAAAUGUUUUAAAUUUUAAUAUUUCUUUAACAUAAGUAAAUAAUGUUAUACUUGUAUAAAAAAUUCGCAAAACUUGUAUCAAACCUUUAUCACAUUCGUUAGUUAAUUUUAAGCAGUUUAAGAAAAGGAAUUUAAUAAAAUAGGAGCUGAUAUUUUUGAAACGGGUAAAGCCUUCCAAAGCCUGCCAUUAUAUAAAGCUAUUUAUUCGCAAGCAAUAUUUUAAACAAAUUGCUAAAUUAAAAAUUAAAUACAGGAGUGGAGUGUGAACUCGAGUACAUAUAAAACAAAUAAUUAAGUUCUCUACAGUAUGAAGCAAUGCAUUUAGCGGACCAUUUCAUUAGCCUUUUUAAUGUAAAGUUUCACACUCAAUUAGCGGUAAACUAGGCCUUAAAAGAAAUUAGCAUAGGUUUUCUAUGUUGAAAUUUUUAACUUUAGAGCUAAAAAUAUGAAAAUUAAACUCACCAGUAUGCAGAAUUAGAAGUUUUUUUAAUCGUAGAGCUUAUAUCAAAAGCUAGAAUUCAUCGAUAAAUUUACUUUUUAUCACAUGACAUGCAUUUAUGUUAAAUAGGCCUAAGCGUAACUGUUAAAAAUGAAACGACCUUGACCGUCAACAUUGUUUGUGUUGUAACUUUGAUUUUUUUUCUUCAAAUUUAUUCUAUGUACUGCAUUAUCCAAAGCAGAUUUUAAUUUCUUUAGAGAUUGAGAAAUAGCGAAAUUUCAUGGCUGCAUCACCUAAUUAUACAUAUGUUUUAAUUCAAUUAGUUGAUUUUAUUAAACAUCAGAUACUUUUCAUAUUUACAAACAACGUCAAAAUGUGACGUUAUCAUUGCACAUGCGCACCAGUAGUCGACAUAAAAACACAAUUGGCUGUAGUUUCUGUAAUGCUGUUUUACAAAACGUUAAGUGGACUCGUUAUGAAUACUCUGUCCAAUAUUUGUUGUGUAGAAAAUUACAGUUAUUUGCAUCUGACAUUGGCCAUUCUGCUGCGUACCGAAGCUGCUACUAAAUGAGGUAUAAAAAUAUCCAACGGAUAAUAUCCGUAGAGUGUGCAUAACGUUAGUUUAAUCGAUCAUGAUUUUUGUUCUUGUUGUUUGUUAUUUACCACAAAGCUGCAUAAUUGGAUAUCUACGCGGGAAAUCGAACCCUGGAUUUUAGCAUUAUAUAUAUCUAGAAACUUACCGCUGACUCACUAAGGGACAAUCGAUCUUGCAAUACUCCGAGUCAAAUAUAAAAUUAUAAUUAGUUUUGGGAGAAAAACUGGUUAACGAAUCAACUUGGAGAACUAAAAAAGUGAAUAUAAUGCUCAAAGCAUCUGACAAAAAUAAUUAAAAAAAUGAUUUGUAAAUUUUGUGGAGACAUUUGCCCUAAGCUCACUUAAAUUACCCCACUGAUACCAGUUCUUCUAAGUAUAUUUCGCUACUGAGAACUCAGUCUCCAUAGGCCUGCUUGAGCACAUAUAGUAAUACUGUUACUAACGCUUUAAAAGCCUUAGGAUUUCAUAAGCUUUUAAUAUUUCAUUUUCGUAUCGUAUAUAGGCAAUUACUUUAAAUGGCCGAAAGCUUAUAAUAGCACACUUGGUCCUAGGUUACAUUUGAAUUUUUAUUUUAAAUGAACAAUAUUUACAUUUAUAACAACUGUUAACGCCAGACUUAAAAAGCUCAAUACUUUGUUAGAGAACACAACAGAUACAAUUUUAGAGCGUAAUGGUAGUAAAUCGGAAGGAAUAAAUGACGCGACGUAAUAUUAAUACAACUUGGAAACAGAACAUUUAUUUGCACGUUUCGGACAGAGCGCCCUUCAUCGGGUGCAUUAGUCUCCAAAACCAGAAUGAAUUUUCAAUGCAAAGAAUCUAAAGUCACCUAUGUAAACAUAAAAGCAGCCGACACUGUGUAACUUCAUGCUGGAUUUUGAGAAGUCGACUUAUAUGGUUCUCCAUUCCUUGCCGCUUACAUCAACUUUCCUAAUUGAAGCUCCAAACUUCCAAUCCGUUUCCAAAUUACAUCAUGCCAAGUGCGCCUCCUUCUCCAAAUGUCGGUUUAUUUCACAAACAGGGUCCACAUUCCCACCCUGCAUAGUAGAAGAGGCUAUAUGUUAUGUUUUAUUUGUGCCCCUUUUUCAAGUAUAGUUUGACAUCUUUCCCUCCAACAGUUGUUUCAAAUGCUGGUUUUGCCAUUCCUGCCCUUCGCUCUACCUCUUUUUCCACACUUACCACCACUAGUGAUAUUCGUUCCUAAAUGAAUAAACUCCUUUUCUUGUCCCAUCUAUUUAACCUUUUAUUUUGACACAUAUUCUGGGAGCUUCCUUACAUUGUCAACUUCUCACUGGCGGAUUAUAAUGAGUGGAUUAAUAGUAGAUGUGAUUUAUAACCGAUUAACGUUAAUCUUGCACUAUUCGGAUUGUAUAUACAUUCACCUAGGCCGCCUACUAAUAGGCAUUAUGAACAUUAUCACAUGCAAUGUGGUUGAAAUAUUAUCUACUUCUAAUUGUCCGUGUUUCAAUAAAUAAAUAAAUGCUAAGUCAAUAAUUUUAGUUAUAGGAUUUAUUACUUUUUUCUUCCAUUAAAUUUGGUGAUAUGUAAUAAAACGUAAAAGAAGUUCCUAUUAAAAAGAAACACGAUAUCUCUAACGCUAACGUCUUGUAAAAACUGUAUUCAGAACACUCACUUGUUAUAGAUGCGUAAUGUACACGCUAUUAUUCACACCUUGUAAAUUAUAUACAUGGAACUGCUAAUCAAAUACUGAACUAGCAAUAACGUGCCGCGCUUUCGACACUUCAUUUCGACUGUGUUUGUGUCGUAUCGUUAUCUAAUUCGUUAUUGAAAGUCGUGUAAAAUAAUUAUCAAUACAAUAUACAAAACAGAGUCCAGUUAUUCUGCGAGUCGAGAAAAACAAAACUACAACAUCAUCACCUGAUACACGUGAUCAUCAGGUGAUCUAUUUCAUCAUUAAAGCAAUAACGAUACAUUUAAGGUAUUUAAUUUUUCAGUAAAUGAUAAUUGAAUUUGUGUUGGCAAUAACUGAUAUAAAAUAUCUGAUAGAUGUUUCUCUGAUAUUAAGCAAUAUUUAGUAAACAAAGAAAAGAAAUCAGACACGAGGGUAGAGUUGUUUAUGUAUGAUUACUUUUUGGGAUAUGAGUUUCACUUUAUUAUUAGUUUCAAUACAACUUUUGAGUGUUUUAUAUAUAUAUACCUAUUUGUGUGUGUGAAACUAUGCGGAUACAAAAGGCCAUUCAAAAAAGUUGAUUUUGAUAGCCUAAUUAUUACGCUUAUUUCUCGGUGUUUAAUAUUUGAUUAUCGUUUAAUCACUUUCUAUAAAAAUCACUAAGGAUAACAUUUUCCUUUUUGUUUCCCCUUUUCUUUUCAUCCCACACGUGUAAUUCACAUAUUUUCAACAUUAAUAUUGUAUAUUCAUUAGAGGAAGUAUGACCUGUAGCGACAUCUAUCAUGAUCAGGUCAGUCGAGAGUACAGAGAGUAAGAAAACGUCAACGUAUUGUUUUGUGUAAAUGGUGUUAUAUAUAUAUCUAUCAUUACUACACUCGUCAAAGUCUCUCUGGUUUCUUAUAUGUUCAAACUUAUUGUGUUUCAUGCUAAGGAUAUAACUUUUUUCAAUGUUUGUAUUUUAAACAAAUAACGAAUCUUUGGUGAUUUGAUAUAGUAAUUCUGAUCACACGUCAUGAAUGUUAUGAGCUGUGAUUGGCAGUAUUUGUAAAUAUAGAUAGAAUUCUCAAUAAUGAAGUAUCACUCUAAGGAUAAUGAUGCCUUACCCUCCCUUCAGAAAAUAUAGAAAACUCCCUGUUCAAAAGCAAUAGCUAUCUUCAGGACUCUGGAUUUUUACUAUAGUAACAAACCUCCGUCUGAGGCCUUGUAAAUGAUGUUUAACCAUAUUGUUUGGAUACCUGACUUUAGGUAUACCUGUACAUCAUCUGUUGUAUUGAUAUAUUAUAUGUGUACACAUAUAUAUCCACACAAUGUACAUGUCUGUAGCAUGUGAAUGCUUGUACAUUCUGCUACGAUAUACCUGUUUCAUAUUCUAUCUUAUAUAUAUAAUGAUAAUUAUGCAUAUUAAUGUUACGUCAGGCUUGACGCAGUCUCCGUUUUAAUGUGCGAAUGCAUUUUCCUCGUGGUGUCUAUUCUAUACUUGUAGCGACACCUAGCGUUGGGAAGUUAUGCAGUUUUAUGACUGACUGACCUCUGACGGUCACGUUUUUUAAUAACGUUAGCGUCACUGUCACUGCAUUAUGUGGCAAAGACUACGUGCACUUUAUGUAUCUUAAUGACGUGCAAAAUAGGCUUAAUGCAAUUCGGAUUAAUACUGUUCUCGAAUACAAGAUUUCUUAUUCUUCAGUGUGUUUUUUAUGUGUUUGUGUGUUUCUUUUUUUUAUUGUUUUUUCAGAAUUAAGUCUCGAGGACAAAAUUCAUACAACUCAAGGUGUGCAUCUAUGUCUCAUUACUUGUGUCCUAGAUUUUAUUAGUCAACUAUAAUAUGUAUUCUGCCUCGUUUACAAUGCGAUUGUUGUCUUACUAAAAGUUGGAAAUAAUAUAUAGAACCUGUACAUAUGAUGUACUAUAUGAACAGCUAGUGCAUACCUUGAGAGUUUGAAAGAUGUUCUUCAUUACGUAGGACGAGGGUGCUCCUCGUGCUUACUAGGAUCUCAGAAGCCAGCUAUACAGUGUAUUCCGUUAAGAAGAUUUUUGCUUGGUCUUAGCGAUAAAAAUCGGUAUACGUCAUUUAAUUUAUUUUCUCGGAUUUUUAUUCAGCUUAUUGUGAACAAGAGGCUAAUACUCUGUUUUAUACUCCUUUUUUAUAUGAGUAUUCUAUAAAUACAGGAAUCAUUUGUUUGAUUUUUGAAAGACUGUGUAUAUGACUUGGAGUAAAAUAAUUUCAGACAAAAAAAACUUGUUUAAAAAGAUUUGGGUACUGACGACUACUCAGGAUAUUUCGAAAAACAUCAUUCAAUGCAUGCGAGAGUUGAAUUAAUUGACUAAUCAAAGAACAGAACGGUAAGAAAACUUUAUUGUUGUUAGAAACAGAGACCACAAAGAGACUCUAGUUAUUGUGUCUUUAAGGUUUUGUUCGAAGAACGUUCAGAUUAAUAAAGAAUAAAUUGUUUAACAAAACGAUUUAAUUUUAUUCGCACUAAAAAUAUCACCCCUAAGCAGGAACAUAGAGUUAUGGAAGUGUAAAAUGAC